CCCUCAGACACAGUCCCGUCAGUCUCCCCCCAGCCAGGCCGCCGCAAACACCACCCCGGGAUCCCACCGCCACGCUCAGCAGCCCACAGCCAGAGAGGUGCGAUGGCCACUCACAGUGACCUGGAGAACGAGGCGGAUCACGUGGUUCCUGACGAUGACAUCAUCAGUGUCAAGUCAACCUCAUCCAAUCACCUGCGAUGCUCCUCCCCCAGCAGGUUCUCCAUCAUUUCAGGAGCGGACACUGAGAGCAUCUUCAUGGACCCCCUGAAUCUGUCCCUGCUGACCACCAAGCAGAACAGUGAUAUGGAUUCAGAGGAGAGUACAGAGGUGGACCCGGACGAGCAGAUGAUGGUGGAGGAUCUGUACAACCGUGUGAAGGACAUGGUGGACGAAACCAGCCCCUAUAACACGCCCUGUGUGCUGGACCUUCAGCGGGCCCUGCUAAAGGACCGCGUGGAGGCACCUUUCAAUGCCGUCGAUGAGGUGUGGCCCAACAUCUUCAUCGCAGAGAAGACAGUCGCAGUGAAUAAGUCGCGUCUGAAGCGCAUGGGUAUCACCCACGUCCUGAACGCGGCCCAUGGAACGGGCGUGUACACUGGAACAGACUUCUACGCCGGCAUGAACAUCCAAUACCACGGCAUUGAGGUGGACGACUUCGCGAGCGCUGACAUAUCGCCGUUCCUGCGAUCGUCCGCUGAGUUCCUGGAUGAGGCACUGCUGAGCCAGAAAGGGAAGGUGCUGGUGGACUCAGUGAUGGGUGUCAGUCGAUCGGCGGCGCUGGUCGCUGCCUACCUGAUGAUCUUCCACCACAUGACCAUCCUGGAGGCCCUGCUGGCACUGCGCAAGAAGCGGGCGGUGUGCCCGAACGAGGCCUUCCUGAAGCAGCUGCGUGACCUGAACGAGGCUCUGCUGGAGGACCGGGACGACGAGGAGCGCAGCGACACGCUCAGCCAGAGCUCCGUCAUCGACGCCCUGGCGCCCCGCCGCCCGGGCAGCCUCGUGGGAGCCCAGGUGCACUCCAUCCUGGCGGAGGAGCAGGACGGCGCGAGUGUGGCCAGCACCUGCGUGACGAGCAGGGCCGGGCGGGUCCCCUCGCUCCCCGGGGAGAGAGCGGCGGAGGAAGGGGAGGAUGAGGAGGACGUGGGACGCAUGGUGAAGGAGUGGCAGCAGCGGAACGAGAAGUACCAGAACGAAGACUGGUGGCAGGCACAGCUGAUGUGUGAGGAUGACGAUGAGGAGUCACUGCCGGGAGGAAGAAGGCGGCCCUUGCCAGACGACCUGGAGAGUGUGACGAGCGCUGAUGUGCGAGCCGUUGCUGACGGCAUACGCCGCAACUACGCCGAGUCCGUCUCCUCUGUCACCACGGACAGCAGCAGCUGCGCCGACAUUUGGAAACAGCGGCUGAAGGAGAUCGAGGAGCAGGCGGCGGCCCGCUACAAGGGGCGGGGCCAGGAGGAUGACGAAAGCGAGAGCGGGAAAGGGGCCGGCGGGGAGGACGAUGUGGAGAGCGUGCUUUCGGAGGCCGGUUCGCUCUACAACUUCUGCAAGAGGAACAAAGACUCGCUCACGCCGCUGGAGCGGUGGCGCGUGAAGAGGAUCCAGUUCGGCUGGAAUAAGAAGGACGCGGAGGCGGAGCGAGGGGAGGGCGAGGAGGGGGAGGCCCAGGAGGCCAAGACGCCGGCACUGGAGGACGUGAACCUGACGGCCUAUCAGAGCUGGAAGCUGCGGCAGCAGAAGAAGCUGGGCGGGGAGGACAAGGACGCGGUGGUGGAGCUGAGCCGGGCGCAGGACCCGGCGGUGGCCAGGAGGAGGCAGCGGCGAGAGGAGGUGCUGGAGCGCUCGCGGCGGACGCUGGAGGAGAGCCAGUCCUCGUGCGGCUGGGAGACGGAGAGCGCGGUCAGCGGCAGCACCAUCCCGCUCUCCGCCUUCUUCCAGCUGGCCUCCGGCCAAAGCCCCGGGCCCGACGACUCCGCAUCGGUGAUCAGCUCACGCAGCGGCCGCUCCAUCGCCUCUCGCGCCCGGAGCACCCGAAGCUCUGCCACGGCCCCGCCCCCUCCCCAGGCCCCGCCAACUCCCAUAGUGCCUCUGCCUGGGCAGGGCAGCGAGGCCGUGGACCUGUUGAGCAUCCAGAACUGGAUCGCCAAUGUGGUGACGGAGACGCUGAUCCAGAAGCAGGGGGAGCUGCUUGCCGGCAGCCUGCCUCCAUCCCGGGCCGGCUCGGUGCUCAGCCUGGGGGCACCCUCCACCCUCCCCGGCCGGCCCAUGGAGGAUGACAAGACUUCCAUGCUGAGCGGGGCGUCAUACUCCACCGGCCUCUCCCGGGGUGUGGGGGAGUCUGUGCUCUCUGGCGGGGGUACGUCCAACUACUCAGGGUACGGGUCCCGUCGGGCAAAGAUCACCAAGACCAGCGUGCCCCUGUGCAGCCUCUUCCAGGACCAGGUGGACCUGCGCAAGCUGGACUCCAUGGACAAGGAGAUGAAGUCGGAAAUGAGGGGCAAGAUGGCCUCCUACGAGCUGCAGAAGAUCGCCUCCGACAACAAGCGCAGCACCCUGUUCAAGAAGAAGAAGAAGGAAGCAGAGAGCGACGAGGAGGCCGAGGGUGACAGUGAAGCGACGCCGAAGGUCAGGAGUGAGUACAGCCCUGACCCCGCCCAAGUCUCCGGCCGUGACCCCACCCGUAUCUCCUCCCGCGACCUUGCCUAUCACCCCCCCCGUGACCCCACUCACAACUCCACCCGUGACUCUACCAAUGGCCCCAGCCGUUUCUCAGCUCGCGACCCCACCCCUGACUUCACCCCUAUCUCUGCCCGUGGCCUUGCCCCUGACUCUGCCCGUGACCCGACCCGUAUCUCCGCCCACGAACCCGCCGCCGACAGGUGGGACAGACCGUCAGCAGCGAGCGCCAGGAGGUUUGGCAGCUCUGAGGCAGAGAGGGACAAGGCCAGCAGCAUCGACAAGUGGCUCAGUGACAUCAGCGCCCCGCCCCGGUACUCUCGGCCGGACAGAGCAGUGCCCGGAGAAGAGACCUCCGAGUCUGAGUACGGCUUCUCCAGCCGGAGGAGAGCGUCAGAGGGCUCCCUCCAGAGCGCGGGGGAGUGUGCCUCCUCCGCAGCUGCAGAGGAGGACUUCUCCUCCUGCAGUUACCGUGGCGAUGAAGACGAUCCUACUUCCGAGGUGCCGUACCGCUCCAGGAGGUUUCCCCCGGCGAGAGACCCCUUGUCCAAUGGCCUAAAGGGGUCCCAGAGCUACCGAGAGCCGAGGCGCUACACCUCUGAGGAGGAAGAGGAGGAAGAGGAGGAGAGGGGAUAUGCAGCGAGGAGGACAUUCUCCCGUUACCAGGACAGCCAUGCAGAGCCCAGGAGAGGAGGCCGGGAAGAGGAGGAGGAGGAAGAGGUUUCGUCCUUCAUUAAUCGUUGUCGCCAGCGGUCCAAGGUGCAGGUGGAAGAGGAGCUGGAUGAGGAUGACGUCAUCGGGGCCUGGAGAAGGCAGCAGGAGGCAAAGCGCCGUGCGGCAUUCAAAGACAGUGACUCUUAGGACUACCCGCCUCGAGAGAGCAUUCUGCACUACCCUGUGAAAAGCUGUCCCUAUUCAGGAUUACACUUAGCAAGAACAGAAUGGUUUAUUCUGUUCAUUCUUUGGCUUCCAGGUUCUCAGAGGAAACUGCUUUACCACAAUCCAUGAUUUUCACUAGCACAACUUUAUUUAAAUCUUUACUACAAACAUGUUUUCUCAGCACUGGGCAUACAGAAAGUGAGUAUGGGGUGUGUACAUGUUUCAAAUGUAGAAAAGCCUUCAGCUUAGCUAUAUUGUACCACUUGAUUGUUAUGUGUCAAGUGUCAAGUUUAAAGAAAAUAUGUAAACGCCUCCCAUUGGCCUAUAUUUUAAAGAUUAAACACAGCAAUAUCAAACCUAAUAUGUGGUGCAAACACAGGGCACUGAUUUUCACACCCUCUGCAUCAGAGAGGCAAAAUAGACACAUUUAUCGCAAAUAUGUUUUCAAAAUAAAAUCAAAAGAUUAUGA